AAUUCAUUGCAGUCUUAGCCCAUUAGUGAUUGCUUGUAAUGCCGCUGUCCUUUGCUCUGCUCCCUGUAGACUGACGUGCCUCUGUCUGCACCAGAAAACACAUAAAUCAAUAACUGGGCAUGUGCUGUAAACAGCCCUGCUGCAUUCGCUGUGUGUGUUUCUGUUUCUUUUAAAGGACGUGCCUAUGAAACUGGUUAGACCAGAGUCUCUGUGACAGCAGCACUUCAGCUAAAAAUACAACCAGUGUGGAGGUAAAGGUAAUGCACGUUGCAGCAGCUGGGCUGAAGGAUCACACAGGUACUCACUCUGCCCAUGUCACCUAUGAAUGAGGAGUAACACUGCCCAUUGUCAUCACCAUGCUUUGCUGCUACACCAGACACAAGGAAACCUGAGAUGAUCUGUCACCAUCUCUUCCAUGAAGAAUCUCAAAGGCUGGAGCCAAGUCAGAGGACCGUUGCUGCUUUUCACACUAUGCCUGAUUCAGCAGUUUCAUCAACACAAAGGGAUCAUGCUGCUGGUCCCAGAGCCCGUCAUAAACGCCACGGUGACGCAGGACGUUCUCCUGUCAGUAGAGUACACCAGUAACGGCACUCCGUGGGUACAGUGGCAAUACUUAUCCAGCUGGAAGUCGCAAUGUAUCAUUGAGUGGAAGGUGAACUCUUACAUUAAUAUCUCCACGAGCUACAACCAGCGAAUACACAAGUACGACAAUGGUUCCAUACAGCUGGAGCGUGUGGAAGUGAGAGACACUGGUUUCUAUAUGAUCACAGUGAGUGAUGACUUUGGAAGUACCAAGCAGAGCACAAUUAUCCUCAAUGUCCACGAAAUCCGCUAUGAAGAAUUCUUCUUUGUGGCCGUGUUCAUCGCCUUCCUGGCGGCAGGGUCAGCGGCUUUAGUCUGCCUCAUGUGGGCCUGCAACAAGUGCAUCAAUAUCGCCCAGAGGGGAAAGCAGCAUCGCAGAGCAGAAGAGAUUGAACUGCGAAUCAUUUCAGACUGACGAAGACUCUCACUUGGAUCACCUACCUCAAAGCCGCUCGAGUGACUAUUGUCCAGUGUAAACGGGAAUUUAGCCAUGAUGGGGAGAGAGAAUUCCAGUGUUAAACCGUACAUUGGGAUAGAAAUGGAUUUGUAAGCACUGAGUGCUCCGCUACGGAACCUGUUCUGCAGUAUUUGUCAUUGACCCUUGAAGGACAUUUCCAUUUAAUGGAUUGGAGCUUGUAUCCAUAAGUACAAAAAAAAAGCUUCACUUGCACAAAACUAUUGGAAACCUGUACAUAUAGACUUUAGAGAGACCAGUAUACACAAUGUUACCCAGCUCCUUAUCAACUGAUACAACCAGUCAGUAGGGAUUCCAACACUUGCCAGAGAAGGUCCAUUGUUCUGAAACCUGUUAUAACAUGCUCUGACAGUGUAUUAAACAUAUACAAUGCAGUAUAACAACAGGGUAUACAAGUUAAUGUAUAUUGUCUCAUUAUCUAUAUUAUUGUGUACAGUAUGGAGCCUUUGUUUACAGUCUGUGUUUAACUUGUCUCUUUGAUGACGUCAAAGAUUAACUGGAAUCAGCACUUAGCAAUGUGCCUAUGUUGUGUUAUUUAUAAAUGUAUUUUAUAAACGUGACUGUGAAAUGUG